GCCAGGCGGCGGCACCGCGCCCAGUGGCGGCUCCAGCGCCAGCUCGACGCCAAACAACAACAACAACAACAACGCCGACCUGAGCGUGAUCGUGAGCCCCGGUCUGUUGCCCGGCGUGCCAGGCGUGCCGGGGACGCUGCCCGGUCAGAACGACGAGCAGCACCACCACCAUCACCACCACCAGCAGUUCAACAUCUUCCCGGCCUUCUUCUCCAAGCAGCUCAACUUCAACCACCACCAGGGCGGCGCCAACCCGGCCAAGCUCAUGGACGACCUCCGGCCGAACCUCAGCCUGCUCGGCGUGGCCGGACUGGUGGACGAGCACCACCUUCACCACCACCAUCACCAUGGCAACGCCAGCCACCUGUCACCCGGGCAGGUGUCGGACCGCAUCGCCUCGGACCGCAUCGCCUCGCUGCAGGAGAAGAUCCGCAAGUGCGGCGGCGGGGCGGGCGGCGGCGGCGAGGACUUCGCGUCGCUGUACCAGCAGCCCCUGCAGCAGCACAUGGACAAUACGCCCACGCACACGCCCACGCACACGCCGUCGCCCGUCGUCAACAGGGGCAUCCAGGACCACACGGGCCUGGAGGGCGCCUUCAAGAAGCUGAAGAACGAGCCCCAGACGCUGGUGGGCAGCGGCGGGCCCUCCCCCACCGGCUCGGGGGUCGGCGUCGGAGUGGGGGUCGGCGGCCUGGGCUCCGGCCACACGGGGCACAACCCCACGUCCAACACCUGUCCAACGCCCGCCAGAAGGAGGCAUCGGACAACCUUCACGCAGGAGCAGCUCGCCGAACUCGAGGCGGCCUUCGCCAAGUCACACUACCCCGACAUCUACUGCAGGGAGGAGUUGGCGAGAACGACCAAGCUCAACGAGGCCCGGAUCCAGGUGUGGUUCCAGAACAGGCGGGCCAAGUACCGGAAGCAGGAGAAGCAGCUUCAGAAGGCGCUGGCCCCGUCCGUGCUGCCGGCCUGCAACGGCAUGAUGAGGAACCUGUACCAGCCCGCCGGCCGCUCGUACCAGCCCUACCCCCACCACAACUCCAUCGCCUCCAUGAACUCCAUGAACCGGUACCCGCAGAUGGGCGCCAGCUCGUACCCCAGCAUGGCGCAGCCCUUUGGCAUGAGCCACGGCACGGGCAACAUGGGCGGCAUGCGGCAGGACUCGAUGGGGACCUUCAACAGCUUCUCCAAAGCGUCAGGUGAGCGCAUGUCGCCGGAGGACGAGUGGUACAAGAACAGCCUGAGCGCGCUGAGGAUGAACUCGUCGCACAGCAACCUGGGCGCGCCCGCCAUGCUGCAGUACCAGACAUAACGCCUGCAGCAGCAGCAGCAGCACUGGCUCGAGCAGCAGGAGG